AUCUUUGAAUUUUCAAGCGCAAGCCUCUCCACUGUAUUUUUAUUAAAUAUUUGAUAUUAUAUAUAUAUAUAUAUAUAUAUAGAUUGGGCUGAUUUUGAAAUUUAUCAAAAAACCAAAAAGAUUUGGCUGAUUUUGAAAGCAAAUUAACAGUAAAUUCAAGGAGGGGAGCAGGGUUUUUAAAUAAAUACCCCCAAGUUUUCAUUCAAAGACUCUCUCUCUCUCUUGGGGUUAAGGGAAGGACUCUGAAGAUUGGGAAAAGAAUUGAAGAAGAUGAGGUACCAAUAUGCAGAUGAGUUCCAUGGAAGUCCAAUAAUGAUGAACAACUCCUAUGACUCAACUCCUGUUGGGAGGCCUUCUUCUAUCUCUGAACCUGUCAGCUUGUGCCACAGUCCUUCUUCCUCAGAUGGGUCUUCCUACUUCAAUACCACCAGUGAAGCAUUUCCAAAGAGUCACAAGAAGAAGACUGGGAAGAAAUAUAGCAGUUUCACUUUCACAUACAGGAUUAAGGAGCAUGUGAAACUUGGGCCAAAGUUUUCAGAAACUUUGAAAGGAAAAUUGAGAUUGGGGGCAAAAAUAAUCCAAGAAGGUGGAAGAGGGAAUAUAUUCAAACAGAUAUUUGGAGUGAAGGAAGGAGAGGAGCUGUUGAAAGCCUCACAGUGCUAUUUAUCAACAACAUCUGGUCCAAUUGCUGGUCUCCUUUUCAUUUCCACUGAGAAGGUUGCCUUUUGCAGUGAGAGACCCAUCACUUUCCCUUCUGCAACUGGAGAAUUGAUCAGAACACCUUACAAGGUUGUGAUACCAGUAAAGAAGAUAAAGAGAGCAAACCAAAGCCAAAAUGUGAACAAGCCAGCGCAGAAGUACAUAGAAAUAGUUACUAAAGAUGAUUAUGAGUUCUGGUUUAUGGGAUUCUUAAGGUAUGAAAAAGCUUAUAGGAACCUUGAGAAGGCCAUUUCUAUUGCCAAUGAUCAAAAGCAGAACACUGAAAUUCCAAGUGAAAAUGUUUAAAUAAAAAAAAAAAAAAAAUAAAAAAAAAAAAAAAAAAAAACUCCAUUAGGCCUGUAGGUGUUGGUACAAUAUCUUCGCGUACUCAGUUUUGCAAUCUGAAAUAAAGUCUACAGCUUAGUUUUAGAUAUGUACAUAUAUUGCAUUCUAGUCCAACAUGUUAGCUUGUAUCACUUUUUUUGGAUUGUUGAUGAUCAUUGCAAAAUUUUCUGUCAAACUCUAUUUUGAUAAUGAAACUAAGGGUUUCAUAUAAUA